AUCCUGCCUAAAGCGCGUAGAGUACGAACCGUUGUACAUAGCAUUGAACAAUUCCGUACAAUAAAUGCUUCAGGAUUUACAGUGUAUAUUUGCCUUCUAUAAAAUUCAGAUUAAAAAAGUUUCGUGCAAUUUCGAUAACCGUGUCUGCAGACGAAGUCAAGAAAACAGCCGUGCGGAGGAAUGGAAUUUGUUUGAAAAAAAGUUCACCUGUAAAAAAAAAAUAGUUAAAGGGAUAGCCCUGUGAUAUUAACAACCGAAUGCAUGUCAUUACCACAGGAAAUAGUAAUGAAGCUUUACUGUGUGUGGCUGGGGUGAUGAUUUCAUAAUUAUAUAUUUAUAUAUCUAAUAAUAUCCUACAUUUUUAUCCGAAAUGAAGCUCAAAUUCUGUUUUGAGGAUUAUUCUUAUAAGUUUGUGGUUGUGAUUUGUGUGUUUUCAUUAACUGCCGUAACCGCUUGUCCAAACGAAUGUGUUUGUCAACAUAAAACCGUGGAUUGUAGCUACAGCAAGCUUCAGCAUAUACCUACUGGAAUUCCCCCUGAAACACAGCGCUUAGAAUUACAAGGCAAUAACAUAACGGCGGUCAGAAGAAAUGACCUACGGAAUUUACACAAUCUGAGAGUUUUACAAUUGCUAGAAAACAAGAUAGACACAAUCGAGCAGGGAGCUUUUCGGGAUCUUGACCAAAUGGAAAGAUUGAGGAUAGACAGAAAUGAACUCACUGAGCUUCCAGACAAUUUGUUUGCUUCAAUGACAAAGCUUCAAAGAUUAGAUCUGAGUUACAAUAAACUAAAGGUGAUCGGAAAAAAGGCCCUGACAGGAUCCACAGUGCUACGGAAUCUACAACUGGACCACAACCAGCUGGAGUGUGUAUCAGAGACAGCGCUCAAGGCCCUGCAUAACAUGGAGAUCUUAACAUUGAACUACAACAAGCUGACAUCUCUACCCAAGAAUCUGUUUGACAACAUGAGCAAUCUUCGGACACUGAGACUGAUAGAUAACAAGUUUGUGUGUGACUGUCACUUGGCCUGGCUGUCCCAGUGGUUGAAGGCCCACCCCGACCUUGGUCUGUACACGGAGUGCUCGGCCCCACCCAAUCUACAGGGGAUAGAGGUGGACGAUGUCCAGCAGUACAGCUUUACCUGUGAUGCAGGUCAGACUGCUGAGCAGCACAGCGAAAGAUGUUCGUCAGUGGCUUCCUGUCCCAAAAAAUGUAGUUGUACUAGUGGAGUGGUGGACUGUCGAAGUGCUGGCCUGACGGAAUUUCCUUCAAUUUUCCCAGACGAUGUCACUGAAAUUCGUCUGGAGCAGAACCACAUUGUCAUUGUGCCUUCCCGAGCGUUCGCUGAUCUACGGAAGCUCCGGCGAAUAAACUUGAGCAACAACAAAAUCACAGAGAUAGCUGCUGAUGCCUUCAGUGGGUUAACCUCUCUAAACUCAUUAGUAGUUUAUGGCAACAAGAUCAGAGACCUCCCAGCUGGUCUGUUCAAGGGCCUGUCCUCUCUCCAGUUACUACUGUUAAAUGCAAACGAGAUAAAGUGUGUGAGAGUAGAUGCAUUCCAAGACCUUUCAAGUCUCAACCUUUUAUCCUUGUAUGACAAUAAAAUACAGUCUUUAGCCAAUGGUACAUUUACUCCACUCAAAAAUAUCAAGAACUUGCACCUGGCUCGAAAUCCAUUUAUCUGUGACUGUAACAUGCAGUGGCUGACAGAGUACCUCCACCAGAACCCCAUAGAGACCAGCAUAGCAAGGUGUGAGGCUCCAGGACGUAUGAAACGCAAGAAGAUCGCCACAGCCAGAGUAGAAAAGUUCAAAUGCAAAGGCUCGGAAUUUCACAGAACCAAGAACGCAGGGCAAUGUGAGAUUGACUUGGAGUGUCCCAGGCAGUGUGUUUGUCAGGGGACGGUGGUCGAUUGCUCCAACAGACACCUCACUGAAAUACCACAGGACCUUCCCAUUUAUACAACUAAAUUGCAACUUCAGAAUAAUCAAAUAGAAAAACUGGAGGCAAAUGGCUUGUUCAGCAAACUUGAGAAUUUACAGGUCUUAGACUUGAGCAGUAAUCGUCUUCAGGAGAUCGAGGAAGGCACAUUUAAUGGGGCAAGAAAACUGAUAGAUGUUAAUUUGUCAAGUAACAGGAUUGGAAAGCUCCUGGGAAAAUCUCUGCGUGGACUGGAGACUGUCAGAACCUUAGCCAUUGAGAAAAACCGGAUUACCUGUCUGAGCAACACCACAUUAAACGCCAUGACGGAGCUUCGGCAGCUGUCUCUGUACAGCAAUGAAAUUCGAUGUAUAUCAGAAGGUGCCUUUGAUAAGCAAAACUUCCUGACAAUUCUGAAUUUGGAGUCCAAUCCUUUUAACUGUAAUUGUCACAUGGGCUGGCUGAGUAGCUGGCUGAAGAAAAGCAAAGUAUCUGCAGGAGAGCCUACAUGUUUCCUCCCCACCCCCCACAAAAACACCCCCCUGCUGAACCUCAAGGAGGACCAGUUUAUCUGUCCAACUGAUAUUGAUGUUGGAUGCAACACUGGAAUUUCUCCCUGCUGUUCUGAAACUGUAGACACUGCAGUGGGGAGCUGUGAUCCCCGAGCCUACUGCCCUCCUAAGUGUACAUGUACAGGCACUGUGGUCAGGUGUAGCAGAAAGGAACUUAACGAGGUCCCCGCCCUCAUCCCAGAUGACACCACUGAACUGUAUUUGGAUGUCAAUAAUAUUAGAAGUCUGCCCUCUGAAAUUGGACGCCUAACAAAGCUUCAAAGAUUAGACUUGAGCAACAACAACCUGGUGACACUGCCUGAUCAUAUAUUCUCUAAUUUCACGAAUUUAGCCACAUUAAUUUUAAGUUAUAACCAGUUGGAGUGCAUGGCACCUACUAGCUUUUCAGGACUUCAUAAACUAAGAAUUUUAUCAUUACAUGGAAACAAUAUUUCUUCUAUACCGUAUGGAGCUUUUAAGGAUCUCACUUCAUUAACUCACUUGGCCCUGGGAGGUAACCAGCUAUACUGUGACUGUAACCUGAAGUGGCUCUCGGACUGGAUCAAGAAGGACUACGUGGAGUCCGGCAUCGCUUCCUGUGUAGGCCCCGCCUCCAUGCUCAACAAGCUCCUGCUGACUACACAGUCCUCUCUCUUUGUGUGUAAUGGACCCCCUGAUCCGGAGGUGAUGGGAAAAUGUAAUGCUUGUCAGAGACAGCCCUGCCAGAACGGAGCUACCUGUAAGGGCAUCGACUUCAAGAACUACACCUGUGAAUGUCCGGCAGGAUUCCACGGAGACAAGUGUGAGAACGAAAUCAACGCCUGCUUCAUCAAUCCAUGUCUUAAUGGUGCUUGUGAAGUUCUGGACCACGGAAGAUUCAGAUGCAAGUGUAACAAUGGGUUCCAGGGUGACCGAUGUGAAACAAACAUUGACGACUGUAAAGGCCAUGCCUGUAUGAACAAUGGUUCCUGCAUUGACCUUGUAGAGGGUUACACCUGUCAAUGUGGUCCAGGUUACACAGGCAAGAUGUGUCAACAGAAAAUCCGAUACUGUGUCGGAAAUUACAACUUUUGUCAGAAUGGUGGAACUUGCGUUAAUCUGGACACAGAUUACAGCUGCAAGUGUACAACGGGCUACUCGGGGAAGAAUUGUACGCUGAACCUGGACGACUGUAAGUCUCACUCCUGCCUGAACGGUGGUCGGUGCGUGGAUGGGCUGGGAGACUAUACCUGCUACUGUCCCCGGGGAUUCUCCGGACGCUUCUGUGAAAUAGCCCCUAUGGCUGUUAACACUCAAUUCUCUUAUAACAGUCUCUGCCAAUCUCAUGCCUGUCAAAAUAACGGAGUUUGCUAUGUACCCAAAGGGGGAUCACACUAUAUGUGCCAGUGUGCUCCAGGCUUCUCUGGCAAGAAGUGCGAGAAGUUGAGUAGCAUUUCCUUCAUUGCGGAUGAUUCCUACAUCCAGAUGCCACAGAUUGACUUCCAGUCCCAGGUCAACAUCACCAUGAACAUGAAGACAAACUCAGACUCUGGCGUUAUAUUCUACGUCGGCGCCGACCAGCAUCUGGCUGUGGAACUGUUCCGCGGACGAAUCGGAGUUAGUUUCUUCACCGGGAAGUCUCCACUGUCCACCAUGUACAGCUACAUUUUUAGUUACGUGACCGUGAACGACGACCGUCUCCACACGGUGGAGCUAAUUGUUCAUCAUCGUAACUUCACUAUGCGAGUGGACGGGGGGGUGUCCCGAUCGGUAGUUAACAUGGGGGAGAGCGAGUAUCUAGAUGUCAAGGAUGAUGUGUACAUUGGGGGACUGUCAUCUGACAAAAGUGCAGAGGCUCACAAAAAAUUCCAAAUUAGAAGCCAGACUAGUUUUAAGGGUUGCUUCCAAGGAGUCUAUGUAAAUGGAAAACAACUGGAUUUUAGCGUUUCUAAAUCAAAUCAUAAGAUUAUGCCAGGCUGUAAAGUUGACCCUUGUGAAAAUAACAAGUGUAAGCAUGGACAGUGUAAACUAAGGAAGAAGAAGGGAGGUUAUAGGUGUAAAUGUAAGAGAGGAUACUCAGGGAAAUACUGUGACAAAGUGCCGACAUGUAAGCAAAAAAUUUUCCGAAGCAGGUAUACUCAUCCAGUUACAAAAUGUACGUCCCGGACCAGGAUUAAAUUCCGACGAUGUGAAGGAUCAUGCGGAAAGGACUGCUGUAAACCCAGGAAAAUUAAAACGCGGAAAGUCAGACUUUAUUGCAGAGAUGGAUAUUCAUACAUUCAUAAUCUCUCAGUCAUUCGAAAAUGUGGUUGCAAGAAAUGCCAGUAAAUUGAAUUCAUGCACAUAACCCCGAUUACUUGUCAAUGUAAAAAUGUGAUGUGUAUGUCAAUCUUUGUGAGAUCUUAUUGUACACGAGAACCGCCAAAUCAGGCAAAGCAAGUGUGAACAAAAAAACGGAUUUCUGCCAACUUGGACAGAUAAAUUUUUGUUGCGUGUUGUGUUUUUUGAAGUUCAAAAUGUGUUCGGCAGUCAAAAACUUGACCUGAAAACACUGUUGACUUCAAUGCGUCAGUGUUGAAGUAGUGAGCGUUCAAAGCACAGACAUAGAGAGCUAAGGUUAUGACAGGCUUGCGCACUCCACAAUGACUGAACAAGCAGAGACAAUACAGACUUCUAUUGUGCAUGGACCCGUUGAUUGUGAUUGUUUUUCUAAGUCUAAUUGUACAUUUGUAUGUGAUGUUAUGUUGAAUGGCAUAUACAUGUAUUUAUUGAUCACAUUUCAGAAGCAUUUUGUUUGAUACAUAGAUAUCUUUCUUUUUUAAAACUUGUAUAGUAAGGCAUUUUCGUUAUAAUGCUUUAAGAAACAUUACAAAAUAUUUUGCUUUACAGCAAAAAUGACAUUUUCAACUAAUUUGUGAGUUGAUUAAUUGCUGAUGGUUAUGAGACAUAUGUUAGAGUAGAUCUGAUUGGAUAUCAUGUAUCUGUUUGUCCUUGUCAUUGGCCUAUACGUAAUACGCAAUAUUCUAUGGAAGGUAUGAUCUGUAAGAAUUCUUUUUAUCGUUUGUACAGUGGUUUAGUGUACCGGUAAUAGUUAGAUGUACGUCAUACUUAUUAUUAGAUGUACGUCAUGCAUUUGUUUUGUUUUGAAAGACGCAUGUUUGGUGUUGCCGUAGCAAUAUGAAGUGAAUUUAACUUUUAUACAAAUUUUAAAUCAGCAAGCAAAGAACUGUUAAUUGUCUUAAAGCACUGCCCCCUUUUAUACAGUAAUCUGUCUAAUUGUAUGGUUUGAUAAAAUGACCACUCAUCUUAAUUAAUGAGGAAAAUACUUGUUGUUUGAUUCUUGAUUUUAACGAUUCAGGCCCACACGUCUGAUGUAGUUUGCAGUGAUUCUGUUUGUUCUUUUGUUGUUGUUGCUAGUUUUACACUUACAAACAGAUAAGAAAAACUUUUCUUACUUGGCUGGAAUUUAUGUUCUCUUUCGACCUUUCUUUAAUUUCAAGAACAACUUUUUGUUUUGUGUCCUUGCACGUCUACCUCAGUUAUAUCUAAUUAUUAAUAUUGACUCUGAGAAAAAGGAGGAAAGAAAUUACGGAGAGAUGUACUUGUUUUAGAGACACGCCCAUUUCAUUCAUCAAACACGAGAGUAGUAAUCUCAUUGCUUUAUUUAAGAAACGCAUUAAUUUCAUGUGCAUUAUUUUUACAAUAUAAAGAACAUUUUUAAUACGAUUAGAAAAAUUAAUAAUGUAUGUGUACCACUGUGAAUGUGUUACUUGGAGAAAUUAAUACUUUGUAAGUUAAAUUGUAACAGUAACACGUACGACUUCCUAUUUUUUAACUGUUGAACAUGGCUUCCAAUAAAGUCAUUUCUGACGGUGA